ACAGCCCGCCCAGCACAGUAUGGGGAAUAAUGAGCCCGGACACUUCCUGUUCCAUGGUGUGUGUCGGUUGUAGUGUUCGCAGUGUGUCUGGAGGGGGUCGGGCACCAUGGCCAGGGAGAGUACACAGGCACUUGUGUCUGGGGUUGUGUUUAGUGCCCUAGCUUUCCACCAUGUGAACUCCGCAUCAGACUCGGAAGGAUUUCUUUUUGGAGAUGUGAAGGGGGAGGCAAAGGAUUGCAUAACUGACUCCCAAAUGAGUGAUGUCGAAGUAGUUUAUACAAUUGAUAUUCAAAGGCAUGUUCCCUGUUAUCGGCUAUGCAGUUUUUACAGUGGCCUUGGUGAGGUGGACAAAACUGCAUUACAAAAUCUGCUGUCUGGCCAAGAAAAGGAUGUAAUUGGAUGGUACAAGUUUCGAAAUAAUACAAGUCAAACAAUGACUCUAAGGGAAAAAUUUCUACAUGAGAACUUGCAGAUGAGCCUUUCCAAUCCAGGUCUUGUAUUUUUGUUAGUCACCACACAGUGUACAACGGAGAGAGAAUCGACCCAUCGCAUGGAGUAUGCUUUACAUAAACCCCAAGACAGGGAUUUUCAGAAAAUUCCUCUUAUUAUUGCCAACCUUGGAAUGUCAGAGCAACAAGGAUACAAAACCUUAUCUGGAUCAUGUGUGUCUAUUGGAUUUAACCAAGCUGUUAAGAAACACAGGUUGGAUUUUUUUCUGGAAGAUGGAACUCUAAAGGAAGUAUGUAAAAUUACAGCUAUGUGUACAAGUCUACAGGAGGAACUAAAGGAAACUUGCUCUCGUGUUGUAGAAAGUGAAUAUUCUGUGGAGCAACUGCUACAACAAGUUAACCAACUAAAACGGCAAAUUGCUGAGAAGAAAAACCUUCUUAACAAAGGUGAUGAAAAUCCUACAGCCCCAGAAGAAAAUACUUUCCUGUGUCAGGCCUUGCGCCAUUUUUUCCCUCACUCUGCACUCCUGCAGUCGUGUUGCCUAACUUUAAAUGGGAAACUAAUACCACACGACUGUAAUACUCACCAUAAAAGCACUGAGAUGGAUAAACUUACCUUAAUGAUUGAAGAAUGCGACCUGCCAGAAGUAAGCUUCAGGAAAGCUGGCAAACGAAAAAGACUACCACAGAAAAAGAGAGCUGGCUUACUGUUUUCAAGGACAAGGGCUUCUACAAGAGAAGCCAACCGCUAUGAUGACAGAAUAUUAAAUAGCGGUACAGAAACAGAAGAUGAGUCACAACAUUUAACAAUGGACUCUUUAGUUUCACAAUCGCCAACAUUUUAAUUUCAACACAUUUCAUAUAUUUUCCCAUAUUGUAGGCUGGGUUUAGGAGAGAUGCACUCUGCAGGUCUGUAGUAAUUUAGCACUAUUGCAUCACGGACACAAAACAAAUGUAUAUCUGGUGUCCUAUCAAUAGCUAUACACACGCUUGUUUCAGGUCAGAGUGUCACCAAGUGAAAUAAUACCUUCAUUAUUAUUUUUUUUAACAUGUACAUCUCCACUGAGCAAUUUAGAUCCCUUUUGCUGUAGUUUCUUUUUUCUCCUACAUUGUGUGGCAUUCAGAAUGAAUGUUAAUACACGAGAUUACUUUCCGUGACCAAAAUACAAAAAGGUGUUAAUUCAGCCUAAGAAUAUGCAUUUGGGAAACGUACAGUACACGAUGUAGAGUUGCUGGCAGCUUCAAAUGAAUUUAAUAUUGUAGGAUAUUUGGGACACUGCUCUUACCAAACAAGGGGAUUUUUGUGAAACUUUUCUGUUGUAUAUAUUUUUAAAAUUCUCUUAUGUGUAUAUAAAAAAAAAAAAAAAUUGAGAUUUAUUUUUUGGUUAAAUAAAUAAGGUAGAACUUUGUCAGUA